AUGACCACUUUACUCUUGGUGUUUGUGACUCUGAGGGUCAUCGCUGCAGCCAUCUCAGUAGAAGUUUCUGAGCCUGACAACUCGCUGAGUGUCAGCAUCCCCCAACCGUCCCCGCUGCGGGUCCUCCUGGGGGGCUCCCUCACCAUCCCCUGCUACUUCAUCGACCCCAUGCACCCCGUGACCACCGCCCCCUCCACCGCCCCCCUCGCCCCGAGAAUCAAGUGGAGCCGCGUUUCCAAGGAGAAGGAGGUGGUGCUCCUGGUGGCCACGGAAGGGCAGGUGCGUGUCAACAGUGCCUACCAGGACAGGGUCACACUGCCCAACUACCCGGCCAUCCCCAGCGACGCCACCCUGGAAAUCCAGAACCUGCGCUCCAAUGACUCUGGGAUCUAUCGCUGCGAGGUGAUGCACGGCAUCGAGGACAGCGAGGCCACCCUGGAGGUCGUGGUCAAAGGCAUCGUGUUCCAUUACAGAGCCAUCUCUACACGCUACACCCUGGACUUCGACAGGGCACAGCGGGCCUGCCUGCAGAAUAGCGCCAUCAUCGCCACACCAGAGCAGCUGCAGGCCGCCUAUGAGGACGGCUUCCACCAGUGUGACGCCGGCUGGCUGGCCGACCAGACUGUCAGGUACCCCAUCCACACUCCAAGGGAAGGUUGCUAUGGGGACAAGGAUGAAUUUCCCGGCGUGAGAACCUACGGCAUCCGUGACACCAAUGAGACCUACGACGUGUACUGCUUCGCGGAGGAGAUGGAGGGUGAGGUCUUUUACGCAACAUCCCCAGAGAAGUUCACCUUCCAGGAGGCAGCCAACGAGUGCCGGCGGCUGGGCGCCCGGCUGGCCACCACGGGCCAGCUCUACCUGGCCUGGCAGGGCGGCAUGGACAUGUGCAGCGCCGGCUGGCUGGCUGACCGCAGCGUGCGCUACCCCAUCUCCAAGGCCCGGCCCAACUGCGGGGGCAACCUCCUGGGCGUGAGGACCGUCUACCUGCACGCCAACCAGACGGGCUACCCAGAUCCUUCAUCCCGCUACGACGCCAUCUGCUACACAGGUGAAGACUUUGUGGACAUCCCCGAGAACUUCUUUGAGGUGGGUGGUGAAGAGGACAUCACCAUCCAGACAGUGACCUGGCCUGACGUGGAGCUGCCCCUGCCCCGAAACAUCACCGAGGGUGAAGCCCGAGGCACCGUGAUCCUCACGGUGAAACCCAUCUUCGAAUUCUCCCCCACUGCCCCCGAGGCUGAGGAGCCCUUUACAUUUGCCCCUGGCACAGGGGCCACCGCCUUCCCUGAGGCCGAGAACAGGACCAGUGAGGCCACCAGACCCUGGGCUUUUCCCGAGGAGUCCACACCAGGCCUGGGGGCCCCGACGGCCUUCACCAGCGAGGACCUCGUCGUGCAGGUGACCAUGGCCCCUGGUGCGACUGAGUUCCCUGGCCAGCCACGACUUCCAGGAGGGGUUGUGUUCCAUUACCGCCCGGGCUCCUCCCGCUACUCACUGACUUUCGAGGAGGCACAGCAGGCCUGCCUGCGCACUGGGGCUGUCAUCGCCUCGCCUGAGCAGCUCCAGGCCGCCUAUGAAGCAGGCUACGAGCAGUGUGACGCCGGCUGGCUGCAGGACCAGACUGUCAGAUACCCCAUUGUGAGCCCCCGGACCCCGUGUGUGGGUGACAAGGACAGCACCCCGGGGGUCAGGACCUACGGCGUGCGGCCACCAUCAGAAACCUAUGAUGUCUACUGCUACGUGGACAGACUCGAGGGGGAAGUGUUCUUUGCCACACGCCUGGAGCAGUUCACCUUCCGGGAAGCCCAGGAGUUCUGUGAAUCCCAGAAUGCCACACUGGCCUCCACGGGCCAGCUCUACGCUGCCUGGAGCCGCGGCCUGGACAAGUGCUACGCCGGCUGGCUGGCUGACGGCAGCCUCCGCUACCCCAUUGUCACCCCAAGGCCAGCCUGCGGCGGGGACAAGCCAGGCGUGAGAACUGUCUACCUCUACCCCAACCAGACGGGCCUCCUGGACCCACUGUCCCGGCACCACGCCUUCUGCUUCCGAGGUGUCUCGGCGGUGGCGCCCUCUCCAGGAGAAGAGGAGGGUGGCACGCCCACCUCUCUCCCGGACCUAGAGGAACGGAUCGCUACCCAAGUGGGGCCCGGUGUGGCUGCUGUCCCUGUGGGCGAGGAGACGACAGAAGUCGCAGCCUUCACCACUGAGCCAGAAAACCGGACAGAAUGGGAAUUCGUCUACACCCCAGUGGGCACUUCCCCACUGCCAGGGAUCCCUCCUACGUGGCCUCCCACUAGUGCAGCAACAGAGGAGGGCACAGAAGGCCCUUCUGCAACAGAAGCACCCUCAGCCUCAGAGGAGCCGUUCCCCUCAGAGAAGCCAUUCCCCUCAGAGGAGCCGUUCCCCUCAGAGAAGCCGUUCCCCUCAGAGGAGCCAUUCCCCUCAGAGAAGCCAUCAGCUUCAGAGGAGCCAUUCCCCUCAGAGCAGCCAUCUACCCUUUCAGCACCAGUGCCCAGCAGGACUGAGCUGCCAGGUUCUGGGGAAGUAUCCGGGGCACCUGAAGUCAGUGGUGACUUCACAGGCAGUGGAGAAGUUUCAGGACACCUAGACUACAGUGGGCAGCCCUCGGGGGAAAUUGCAAGUGGACUGCCCUCUGAAGACCUUGAUUCCAGUGGGCUCACCUCUGCAGUGGGCUCAGGCCUGCCUGUGGAAAGCGGACUGGCUUCAGGGGAUGAAGAUAAAAUUACGUGGUCCAGCACUUCUAAAGUUGACAGAUUGCCCUCUGGAGGUGAGGGCCCAGAGGGCUCUGUUUCUGGAGUAGAGGAUCUCAGUGGACUUCCUUCUGGAGAAGGUCCAGAAAUUUCUGCCUCCGGAGUAGAGGACCUCAGCAGACUUCCUUCAGGAGAAGGUCCAGAAAUUUCUGCCUCCGGAGUAGAGGACCUCAGCAGACUUCCUUCGGGAGAAGGUCCAGAAAUUUCUGCCUCCGGAGUAGAGGACCUUAGCAGACUUCCUUCUGGAGAAGGUCCAGGAAUUUCUGCUUCUGGAGUAGAGGACAUUAGCCAGCUUCCUUCUGGAGAAGGUCCAGAAAUUUCUGCCUCUGGAAUAGAGGACCUCAGCCGACUUCCUUCUGGUGAAGGUCCAGAAAUUUCUGCCUCCGGAGUAGAGGACCUCAGCAGACUUCCUUCUGGAGAAGGUCCAGAAAUUUCUGCCUCCGGAGUAGAGGACCUCAGCAGACUUCCUUCGGUAGAAGGUCCAGAAUUUCUGCCUACCGGUAGAGACCUCAGCAGACUUCCUUCGGGAGAAGGUCCAGAAAUUUCUGCCUCCGGAGUAGAGGACCUCAGCAGACUUCCUUCGGGAGAAGGUCCAGAAACUUCUGCCUCCGGAGUAGAGGACCUUAGCAGACUUCCUUCUGGAGAAGGUCCAGACAUUUCUGCCUCCGGAGUAGAGGACCUCAGCAGACUUCCUUCUGGUGAAGGUCCAGAGACUUCUGCCUCUGGAAUAGGGGACAUUAGCCAGCUUCCUUCUGGAGAAGGUCCAGAAAUUUCUGCCUCUGGAAUAGAGGACAUUAGCCAGCUUCCUUCUGGAGAAGGUCCAGAAAUUUCUGCCUCUGGAGUAGAGGACCUUGGCAGACUUCCUUCUGGAGAAGGUCCAGACAUUUCUGCCUCCGGAGUAGAGGACCUCAGCAGACUUCCUUCUGGGGAAGGUCCAGAAAUUUCUGCCUCUGGAAUAGAGGACCUUAGCAGACUUCCUUCUGGAGAAGGUCCAGAAAUUUCUGCCUCCGGAAUAGAGGAAAUUAGCCAGUUUCCUUCUGGAGAAGGUCCAGAAAUUUCUGCUUCUGGAGUAGAGGACCUCAGCAGACUUCCUUCUGGGGAAGGUCCAGAGACUUCUGCCUCUGGAGUAGAGGACCUCAGCAGACUUCCUUCUGGAGAAGGUCCAGAGACUUCUGCCUCCGGAGUAGAGGACCUCAGCAGACUUCCUUCUGGAGGAGAGGGUCAUCUAGAGACCUCUGCCUCUGGAGUGGAGGACCUCAGUGGAAUUCCUUCUGGAGGUGAGGAUCAUCUAGAGAGCUCUGCUUCUGGAGUAGGGGACCUUAGUGGACUUCCUUCUGGAAGGGAAGGUCUGGAGAUCUAUGCUUCUGGAGCUGAGGAUCUCAGUGGUUUGACUUCUGGGAAAGAAGACUUGGCUGGGUCAGCUUCUGGGGACUUGGAUGUUGGCAGGAUGCCUUCUGGAACACUAGAAAGUGGGCAAGCUCCAGAAGUAAGUGGCCUUCCUUCUGGAUUUGGUGGUGAAUAUUCUGGGGUGGACCUUGGAAGUGGCCCAUCCUCUGGCCUUCCUGACUUUAGUGAACUUCCAUCUGGGUUCCCAACUGUCUCCCUCGUGGAUACUACAUUGGUGGAGAUGGUCACCGCCACCACUGCAAGUGAACUAGAAGGAAGAGGAACCAUUGAUGUCAGUGGCGCUGGAGAAACAUUUGGGCUUCCCUUCAGUGAGUUGGACAUUAGUGGAGGAGCAAGCGGGCACCCUUCAGGAGCAGAACUCAGUGGCCAGGCAUCUGGGUCUCCUGACAUCAGUGGGGAAACAUCUGGACUCUUUGACGUCAGUGGACAGCCAUCAGGGUUUCCUGACAUCAGCGGGGAAACGUCUGGGCUUUUUGAGGUCAGUGGGCAGCCGUCAGGAUUUUCUGGGGCAACAUCUGGUGUGACCGAGCUUAGUGGACUGUCCUCCGGACAACCAGACAUCAGUGGGGAUGCUUCAGGAGUUCUUUCUGGCGUUGGCCAACCAUUUGGCCUCACCGACGUGAGUGGAGAGACAUCCGGGGUCCCUGAUCUCAGUGGGCAGCCAUCGGGGUGGCCAGGGUUCAGUGGAAUGCCAUCCGGAACCCCUGACCUAGUUUCAAGUGCCACGAGUGGCAGUGGGGAAUCUUCUGGCAUUACAUUCGUGGACACCAGUUUGGUUGAAGUGACCCCAACGACCCGGAAAGAAGAAGAAGGUUUAGGGUCCGUGGAACUCAGCGGCCUCCCCUCGGGAGAGGCAGAUCUCUCAGGCGCAUCUGGGGUAGUGGAUGUCAGUGGACUCGCUUCUGGAGCCACUGACUCCAGCGGGCUUACAUCUCAGCCUCCAGAAUUCAGUGGCCUCCCGAGUGGAGUAACGGAGGUCAGUGGAGAAUCCUCUGGUGUCGAGAUUGGGAGCAGCCUGCCCUCCGGAGCCUAUGACGGCAGCAGACUUCCCCUCAGUGCCCCCACUGUCUAUCUUGUGGAUAGAACUCUGGUGGAGUCUGUAACCCAGGCUCCAACGGCUCAAGAAGCAGGAGAAGGGCCUCCGGGCACUUUGGAACUUAGCGGUGCCCAUUCUGGAGUACCAGACGUGUCUGGAGACCAUUCUGGAUCUGUGGACCUAAGCGGGCUUCAAUCUGGGCUGGCAGAGCCCAGUGGUGAGCCAGCAAGUACUCCAUAUUUUAGUGGGGACUUUUCUGUCACCACCGAUGUAAGUGGGGACUCCUCUGCAGCCACGAGCACCAGUGGGGAGGCCUCGGGACUUCCAGAAGUUACUUUAAUCGCUUCUGAGUUCGUGGAGGGUGUUACUGAACCAACCAUUUCUCAGGAACUUGGCCAGAGACCCCCUGUAACCCACACGCCCCAGCUUUUUGAGUCCAGUGGAGAAGCCUCUGCAUCUGGGGAUGUGCCCAGGUUCCCCGGGUCUGGAGUAGAGGCACCACCAAUCCCAGAAUCUAGCAGGGAGUCAUCGCCCUAUCCUGAAGCUGAGACAGGAGCAUCUGCUGCCCCUGAGGCCAGUGGAGGAGCCUCUGGGUCCCCCGAUCUGACUGAAGCCACCUCUGCCUUCCAUGAAGCUGACCUGGAGGGGACUUCAGGCCUGGGAGUGAGCGGCAGCACCUCAGCCUUUCAGGAAGGCACCAGGGAGGGCUCGGCUGCCCCAGAAGUGAGCAGAGAGUCGACCACCACCUAUGAUGUGGGCCCAGAGGCAUCAGGCUCGCCUUUGGCCACUCCCGUGGCUUCCGGAGACAGGACUGAGGUCAGCGGAGACCUGUCUGGCCACACAUCGGGGUUGGAGGUUGCCAUCAGCACUGCCAUCCCAGAAUACGCGUGGACCCAGCAGACCCAGAGCCCUGCAGAGGCCCCUCUCGAAAUUGAGUCCUCAAGCCCUGUGCACUCAGGAGAAGAGAUGCCAACAGCCAAACCCGCCACCUCCCCAACAGAGGCUUCCAUCCCAACCCCUCCGGGACAGACAGAUGAAUCAGAGGCAACCACGGCAGACUUUGACGAGUGCCUCUCAAGCCCUUGUCUGAAUGGAGCCACCUGCGUGGAUGCCAUCGACUCUUUCACAUGCUUAUGCCUUCCCAGCUACCAAGGGGACCUGUGUGAGAUCGACCAGAAGCUGUGUGAGAACGGCUGGACCAAAUUCCAGGGCCACUGUUACCGCCACUUCCCCGACCGGGCGACCUGGGUAGAUGCAGAGAGCCAGUGCCGGAAGCAGCAGUCACACCUGAGCAGCAUCGUCACCCCCGAGGAGCAGGAGUUUGUCAACAACAACGCUCAGGACUACCAGUGGAUUGGCUUGAACGACAAGACCAUCGAAGGGGACUUCCGCUGGUCAGAUGGACACUCCUUGCAAUUUGAGAACUGGCGCCCCAACCAGCCUGACAACUUCUUCGCCACUGGAGAGGACUGCGUGGUGAUGAUCUGGCACGAGAAGGGCGAGUGGAAUGACGUGCCCUGCAAUUACCAGCUGCCCUUCACGUGUAAAAAGGGCACAGUGGCCUGCGGAGAGCCCCCCAUGGUGGAGCACGCCAGGAUCUUCGGGCAGAAGAAGGACCGGUACGAGAUCAAUUCCCUGGUGCGGUACCAGUGCACCGAGGGCUUUGUCCAGCGCCACGUGCCCACCAUCCGGUGCCAGCCCAGCGGGCACUGGGAGGAGCCUCGGAUCACCUGCACAGACCCCGCCACCUACAAGCGCAGACUACAGAAGCGGAGCUCACGGCCCCUGCGGAGGAGCCGCCCCAGCACAGGCCCCUGAGAGGGGCUUCCAGGACGUGCCCAGGAUGCUGAGCCCAGGAGCCUUGCCAGGCUGACAUUCCACACGGAUGGUGUCCGCUCCUUGUCGCUUUCUGUCAUAUAAGGAAUUCCAUUAAAGAAGGAAAAAAAAAAAUCCCACAUUGUGUAUGCACCCACCCACCCCCUCAAUCGCCAAAACUGCAUCUAAUUUUCCCCUCAAACGCCAAAGCAAAGCAGAUGUAUUGUAACCCGUGGACUGAGUUUAGAGACAUUUCUUCAAUCUCCCGUUGUGCCUUUCCAGGGACCAGCGCAGGGACAG